AUGGCUCGUGGCCUCAGAGGUGACGCCGAGGCUGACGAACAGGCAAGAGCCUUUCACAUGAAGCCGCUGUGGAGACGGGCUCUACUGCGAAUGCCGGCCCUCAUUGUCACGCUUAUGAUCGAGAUGUUCGUGGCCCUCAUUGUCACGAAGUAUGCGGACACCUUCAAGAAGUACACCCUUCUCAUCGCCUUCCAGCCAGUCAUCUCGGCCCUUUCGGGGAACGUAGGACUCCAGACGAUGGCUACCAUCACGCGAGGUUUGCCCCUGGGCCUCUUCCACGGUCGUCGGAUGGGGCACGGAAUGCAGCAUGAGCUGGGAGCGGGAUUGGCGGUUGCCGCCAUGCUUAGCUUCGUCGUUGCGGGCGUUGCAUGGGCUUGGUACAGCCCAUUUGCGGACGAUCACAGUGUCAAAGGCUCCUUUGUUUUUGGCAUGGCGAUCUUCCUGGGACAGUAUGCAUCCAUCAUCUCCGCAAGUUUUACAGCCACCCUGGCUCCGCUGCUCUUCAACCGUUGGGGCUGGGAUCCAGCUGCGCUUGGAGGACCCUUCGAAACAGCGUUCCAAGACGUCAUCGGCAGCUCCGUGAUGCUUGCUGCUUCUGCUUCUUUGCUCAUGCGAUUUGGAGACCACGCCGAAGCCUGCCCAGGAGACGACGUCCGAGGCUGCGUGGGGUUGUGCCGCGAAGGAGGGGGACCGGGCUACAAUGAACAGUGCCUGCAGCACUGCCUAGACCUUGCCCUGCAGGGCGUUUGCUGA